UGUCAAAUCGACACAGCGCAUAAUAUAACCUCUCCUCUCGUUCUCCUUGGCCGAACCAACUCCCAGUGAACGAUGUCGUCGUUCGUAUCGCGCUCGAUCGUCGUCGAUUCAAAUUUCGAUCGAGCGACGAUAAUGACGUCGACGACGAUAUUUUCGCGAUUCUCGAGUCGAAUAUCCUGAUCACGCUUGUUUGCAUCUGUCAUGUUAACCUCCUUUCUAUCGUGAAUUCGAGCUUCAAGUUUGUUCAAGAAAUCCGCGACUUGAAUUGUAGUUUCUUCGAAAAGACACGGAGAUUACACGAUAAUGAUGAUUGACUGCUGUUCUUAUGAUGGAUGUGAACACUGGCAAUAAUGAUGAUGUGUCUUUCCGUUUGGGGGAAAUGUUUGACAGUUACGAAGAACUGGAACAGAAGCUGGACAGAUUUUCAAAACACAGUCUAGUACAUUACUGGAGGCGAGAUAGUAGAACUGUAAGUGGAGCUCAUAUGAAGACUGCACGACCCAUCAGCGAACGAUUAAAAUAUUAUUCCGUCAAAUAUGCUUGCAUUUAUGGUGGCCAGAAAUUCUUACCACGUGGUGCUGGCAGAAGACAAUCUCAAUCUAUACGAACAAACUGUCCUGCUCACAUUAUGCUCAGGGCAUCUAAAGAUGGCACAAAGUUGGAAGUGACAAGUGUCAAUAAUGAACAUAAUCAUGAAAUCUCAGAGGAACUUUUUAAGAAUCUUCCACAAGAGAGAAAGCUUUGUGGUGAAAUCAGACAAGAAGUUCAAGAUCUCCUGCAAUUGCACAUUGAUCGUAAAAGAUUGAGAGAGUAUGUGCGAUUGCGUACUAACAAGGUAUUGCGAUCCAAAGAUCUAUUCAAUAUAGCAGCAGCUAAUAAGCAGAAGAGAGAUAUCACACCGGAGCGAGCAUAUCAAUUAUUUAAGAAGAUUCAUGAUAUUGAAAAGAUGCAGGCCAGAAAUAGCAAUAGAAAAAUGUAUCCUGGAUCUGAAGAUGAGAUAGCUCAAACCAUAAAAAGAAUGAAAAAGGAACAGGAAUCUGCCUGGGGUCAAGAUGGAUUAUCGACAGAGUUAGAAGUAAGUGAGGGCAACGAUGGUGAAGAUUCUUAUGGUCAAUUGACGCAAGAAGAAGUAGUUGAUGAUAUCGAUACAAAUGAAAGCAAAUUAUUAAGAACGGAUAACGAAGGUGACAUAAUAGCAGCCGAUGGAGAAAUAGUGGGUGAAUUGGUAAUGGAAAAUGGCGAUCCUUCAGUGAUAGUUGAAUCUAUCGUUAACGCGGACGGUUCUGUUUUCGUUGAUGAAAGAGAAUUCAACAGCUAUUGCAAUGAUCCUUUAUCGCACACAGUAGAUGAUAGCCAAUCGCCGAAGUCGCGUGUUUUAGAUAUAGAAACCAUCGCUCCGACUACCACCAUCGAAAAAGUCACAAACGAAACAUCUGCUUCGCCUAAUCACAAAUCGCAAGCUGAUCCUUUGACGUUGCAACAGUCACCGAAAUCACCUGGUAGCUUCCACGAAGCAGAUUCGAGAAUUUGGAUCAUGAAAGAAAAUACUUCCAUGGAAACGGAAGCAGAAAGCGGACCUGAAAGCGAGACGAAUACGACGACUAAGUCGAUCCCUAUAGUGAAGUGUGAUAUAGAGACACCAGAGGUAGUAUUGUCUGAUGAAACGAGUCACCAAUUACUUCAGGAACAAUUGGCGGUAUUGCGCGCUGAAAAGGGAAAAUUGUAUCAUGAAACUGAAGUGUUGAAACUGAAAAAGGACAAAUUGAAGUUACAGAUCAAUUGCUACUCAAAUGAAAUAAGGAAACAAGAGAUGGAGAGAGAGAAGCUCAGACUUGAAAUCAAGCUACUUCAAUCAAAGGUUAUGGAAGACACUAACGAUGUAUCACACUACAUUUUUGUGCCUUAAAUUCUCUGCUUUUAUUGUAAAGUAUUUGUAAAUAAUAUCUUGCAUUGCUUAAGACGAUAUACUCGCAUGUGGGUAUUAUAUGUUUAUAUAUCUGAAUAUAUGUUUAUUGCUAUAACAGAGUUUUAUCUGUGAGAUUAUCAAAAUGAAUAUAUUGCAAAUCACAUAUUGAAAGCAAUAAGCGGAUUUUGCUCUAUGAGAUAUUCUUCCACAUUAAAUGUAUAAUAUGUGAUGAUAGAUAAUAUGUAUGAUUAUAUACAUAAAAUUGCGAAUUUUAUAUGAUAUUAAUUUAUGAGUUAAUUAAUGUUGAAACAUUUCUUGAUUUCUCACAUAUAUAAUUUCACUGUCUUGUAAAGUUCUUGUAAAAUAAAUAGCUGAUAUUUUUAUUU